AUGUCAGCAAGUGAUACGAUUCGCAAAUUCAACGCGGUCGCGCAACGAAACGAGGAAAACUUGAAAAAGAAUCCAUAUUCGGAAAGUUACACAAUUCAAGAAUUCGGUUCGCGCGAUUACGGAAGACCACCACCGGGAAGCAAAACUGAAGCGAGAGGCAUCAAGGCCGGUGUUCAUGUUUGUCGCGAAAUUCUCUACCUUUGCGAGAUAAUCGAUCAAAACGCCGAAGGCGAAGAGCCGCACAAAUGGAUUAAAUUCGGCCGACUUUUCUAUAUUUAUUCGUUCUAUUCCGACAAAUUGGUCGGCAUGCUGAUUCGCGCAAGAAAAUACGGACUAUUGCAUUUUGAAGGCGAAAUGCUUUAUCAGCGACAAGAUGAUGAAAAGAUUAUCACAAUGCUGAUGCCAAUGUCGGAAAUUCGCGAAAGUUUGCGCGCAUCUGGAGAUCCUGCAAAAUGUGUGGAAAUUCGAAGAACAUCCAACACUUCCACAACAUUCGUUCCACCGAAAGAGCAAACUCCGGAAAAGCCGAAACCAAAAAAUUCGGCAUCAAUUGUCUUAUCAAAACAAAAAUUCGAAAAUGUCACCCUUCCCGACAAUCUUCCUCCUUCGAAGCCGAAAAAGCCAUGGAGCCGCCCAACCAACACUUCAGAAGCGCCAGUAUUUUGCACCUAA